GUUACGGAAAUACACGACCGUUAAUCACUCCGCGACAAAAGCUUAAUAACUAAAGUACCAAGACGUGUGAACGCUGAUUGGUCACCACGAGAUUCCCCACACACUCCUGUAGUGACUGCUGAGGCGAGGCCAUUCAGACAACGAGCAACGAGAUGCACUAACAUCAAAUGAGGCUGUGAUGUAAAAAAAACUUUCUGAGGAUAUUUCAAAAGGUUCAAUAGAAAGAUUUCUAAUAGGGUCACAUCAGGCUGUCCAAUAUGAUGAAAGAUUGCCUUCAGUUCCUCAUUGAGCCAGCCAAGAAGCUCAAGUUUCGUCUGAAGGAGACGCGGAAGAGAGUGAAACACGUGAAGAAGGAGCCGUUAACAGAGAGUCAGCUGUUUAUAAUGGAGCUCGCGCGAGAACUCAACAGGAUCUGUCAGAGGUCAGAUAUUCUGGCUUACAUCUGGACCGGAGAGGACGUAUGGCCUCCACACGCCUGUCGAGAGUUCAUUGUGGAGACCGCCAACAUCCUGGAGAUGAAGGAAAAUACUGAGACGCCUAUGCAAGUUUAUGCUGAUCUGCAUCCAGAAAAGCGGGACUGGAAGAGUCAGUUACUGAGCAUGCUGGAGCAGGGAGGAGAAUGUGACAUGGGCCCGUACAAAAGGAUCAUUAUGGACUGGACCAGAGGACAGCGCAACAGACACCCGCACGGUAUCUGGCCGGGUGAGGCGGUGUUGAUGAUGCUGGAUGACGUGGAGUUGCAGUGGAAGCGGGGUCACCUGUCACACCUGCAGUCUGCUGUGGAGCUGCUCAUAGGGGUUGUGCUUGGGGAACAUCUGGACAAGGAGCUCAUUCCAAGACUGUGGCUGGGACAAAAACAAAAGACCCAGAAGAUCGAUUGCACAGGCUACAUUCCACACAUAGUGUGGAACUGGGUAUGUGAUGCUGCAGUGGAGGUGACUCUUGACCCAGAGACGGCUAACCCUGCUCUGGUUCUGUCUGAGGACUGCAAGCGCAUGCAGUGCGGUCUGGAGCGUCGUGAGGUUCCCCACAGCCUGCGGCGCUUCGACGGCUGGUGGUGCUGUCUCGGCUCUGAAGGCUUCUCGUCAGGACGCCGGUACUGGGAGGUAGAAGUGGGCGACCGUGAUUGGCGUCUCGGGGUGGCCAAAGAAUCAGCUCUCUGCAAAGGCUACAGACCGCUGAACACCCAGAGCGGAUACCUGACCCUCAGGCUGGAGCGGGGCUCCGAGCUCAAGGCCUUGACCACACCACCCACACCCCUUCCCCAGUCACUCAUCCCGCGGAGGGUGGGGGUCUAUCUGGACUAUGAGGAGGGGCAGCUAUCCUUCUAUGACACCCAGAAGCGUGCACACAUCUACACAUACAGCGAGAGGUUCACAGAGAAGCUUUACCCGGUGUUUGGGACGGUGGAGAUGGUGCGUGAGAUGGUGAUCAGGCCUGCAGACCUGAGGGAGCGAUGUCUCUGUAAGGGACAAUGUCUGUUCUGCUAAUAAUGUACGCACAAUCCUUACGCAUAAAACAACAGUAAUUGAUCAAUGCUUGCAAAAAAAUAGAAGCAUAGAGAGAAUUUUACAUUUUUUAGAGCAGCUAAAGCUGUGAAAUCUGCACCACUAGCAUCACUAAGGAAAUGUUAAAAUACUGUUGUUAAACAAUCUGAUUGGUCAAACAGAUAGUCCCGCCCAUGACUUGUCACAGAGAGAGCUGCAGUGAUGAUAUAUUUUUGUAGGCCAGUCUGGAAGUUUGCAUAAACCUGAUUCCCUCAACAAAAACUCAAUAGGAUUUUUCCAUUGGCUUUUGUAAUGAUGGUAAUUUAAAACUUUUGGAUUAUUACAGAAAAUAAGAUCUGUUACCAAAAAGUUCAUAUUCACAAAUGAACACAACUUUUCAAAACACAAAUUUUGAAGCCUAAAUACAAUCGCCAGAAGUAAAAAGCUAAAUGUUGGCUAUAAACUAACUACGCCAUGGUUGCAUGACUUCAACGUCACCAUCACUUCUGACAAUUCUUUCAGUAUUUUUUUUUAAUAAUUCUGUUUGUGAAUAGUUUGUAAGACCAUGAUUAUAAAACCCUGUGAGGCUGUGAAAGCAGACAUGUGAGAAGAUGAGUUUACCUGUUCAGCUUGACCUUUAACCUCUAUAGUCCCAUUUAGCCACUUGUUAGCAACCGCCUUUUUCAAGACAAGUAAAAUAUUUUUUAAAAAUCAUGUGAAGUAUUACUGAUGUAUUUUAUAUUGUAGAAUUAAACAUGAAAAUAUAUUGAGCUUGUGUUAAACACAGACCUUAUUUCAGGUAUUUAACCAAAAACCUUUCAGAAAACCACAGGACUGAAAGUGUUAUAAUACUAAAAACUCAUUUACGGGUUUUGGCCUACAAAAAUACAUCAUCCCUGCAGCACUCUACUGGUUGAACUAAUAGGUGUGUUUAACUUCAUGCAGCACUGCAUAGAUUUCUGACUCAACGCAUAUUGCCGCUAAUGCACACAAAACUGUUUUUAUAACCGUUCAAAAAUAUAAGUGUUAUAUUUUGAUAUAUUUAUCAAUAAAACUGGUAAAAAAAAAAAAAAAAAAAAAAAAUUAGAUCCCAUUUAAUUGGUAUUUUUCCUAAAUAAUAUAGGUGGUUUUAUACAGGCACUGUAUUACUAAAUUACUAAAGUAAUUAAAACUAAACUAAAAUCUAAAACACUUUUAAAAUAAUAAUAACAAAAAAAUUACUAAAACUUAAAUUAAAUGAAAACAGAAACAUAAAAUUAAUUCAGAAUAUAUAUUAGUAUAUAAGUGGUACUAAAAUAUUGCAGAGUUGAAGUUGAACACACCUAUUCUUGCUGUGCAAGACCGGUCAGCAUGCAGUUUUCAAUUUUUCAGGAAAUCAGCCUACAAAUGGCAUAUUUGUCUAUGCAUAUUAAUCUGGGAUAGAAUUGAUUUUAACAAAUUACAUUCUUGUGCAGCUACUAAAACAAAUUCUUUAAAAAAUAUAAUAAGGGCUUGUUUGCUCAAACAUACUGAUGCAUGAGUGCUGGUAAUGUGUUUGUUAUUCCACUAAAAAGUUGAUAUUUUAAGUGCUUUUGUCACAUUUCUUUUCUGCAAUUAGUUUAGCUCGAACUGCUUAGUGUACAGAUUCCAUUCAGACUUUGUUUUACAGAUAAUCUUUUUAUUUUAAGAAAUUAAACUUGUAAAAUCUACUCACUCAAAUUUCAUAGAACGUUCAAAAUUCAAAAUGGAACUGACAGUGAUUGUCAUUGUAAUAUUUCUAUACUGAAUUGUUUUAUUUGCAUACUAAAUUGUGAUUGAUUUUUUCUUACAUCUAUCUACCCAUAUAAUAUGUUCAUUUACAUUGUUUUUAAGAGCAUGGCCUAAAAUAAGAUUAUAGCCAAAUCCAAGGUAUUCUUUUGCUAAUCUGAAUACACUAUUUUUCCCCAAAUCUAGAUUUAGCAAGUAUUGGAUAUAACCACAUUCAACUCCAUGUUUUUUUUAUUUGUCAGUAAC